AUGAACGAAAAAGCGACUCGUCGAAUGCCUUCAUCGGUUAACGAUACGAAUCAACCUCCUUUGGCUUCUACAGUUGAUGAAAAAAAACCAAAAGUAACUGUCAUUGUAGAAGAAAAUGGAUCAAAUGAAUUACAAGAAGAAAUUACUGCAUCAGAUGUUGUUGAUCCGGAAGAAAACCUUCUUACUGAAGAACAAAUCAAGGAAUUUUUUAAAGCAACGGAAGAAGGUUCUAUUGAACGAUUAGAUGAAUUAUUUGACAAAACACCAUAUUUUAAUCCAAAUAUGACACAUUAUACUGAAUCUCUUCUCAUGACAGCUAUUCGUGCUAAACAACAUAAAGUAGCUGAAUAUUUAAUUGAUCAAUUAGCAAUAAAUGUUGAUCAAACUAGUGAACUUCUUGAAUUUAAUACAAGUUCGAAAGUUCCUAUUCAAGAACGUAAUCUAUCAUCACGAGAUUUAGCAUAUGACGAAGGUAUGAUGGAUCUUGUUGAUUUAAUUGAUAUAGUUGGUACGAAUAUAAAACCAUGUACAAAACGAUUUUUACAACGACGUGUAAAACCACGUAUUGAUGAGCUUCGUCAAGCUUAUUUAAAACGUAAAGAAGAACGUGCUGCUCUUUUACUACUUCGACAGGAAGAAAAAGAAGCUGAAGAAGCAUCGGCUGUUAACGUGGCUGAUGAUACUGAGUUACCUGCAUCUACGCCACCUCCACCAUCAACACCGCCUCCACCGCCACCACCAGCUGUUGAUCGUUUAUGUAAAUCACAUAUUCAAGAAACACUUGAAAGUAUUCAAUCACCAAAUGAUAAAUCAAUUGAUGAAACAGGAAAAAAAUAUUUUCGUUUUUCUGGUUAUACUGUUCGUUAUCGUAUUAUUGAUACAGUAGAUACAAACAAACAAAUAAAAGAACAGGCUCCACGUAAAAAAGAUCGCCUUUCAUUUCCAUUAAUUCCUGUAACUAAUUCACGUUUAUUACCAUCAUCACUUUCAAGAUCAAAAACAAUAUUAACAACAACAAGUAAUCUAAGUUCAUAUUCGCUUAAUGACAUGCGUACACAAAUACCAAUACGAGAAACACGAACAUCAAUAUGUCGUUCAGAUUUACAUAGAACUAUAUCACGUGCACCUUCAAGAGUAGGUUUAGGAUAUAUUUCAGAAAUGAAACCAACAACAAGAACGACUAUCAGUACUACACCGCGAAUAUUAUCGAAACCAAAUUCUCCAAUCAAUACAAAUUAUUCGUAUGUUUCUCCACUACAAUCUACUGAGAAUAGUGAACCACGUCGUCUUAUACCUAUCACAUCAAAAUAA